UUUAUUUUAUUUAUCUUUUGGCGUCUCUGCUUCUAAUUUUCUUCUUCUCAGCUUCUCUGUCUUUCUCACAGAAUCUCUCAAGCAACUCUUUCUCAUCGUUUUUCUUCGGGCUCUUCCUCCGUCGCAAGUGUAGCUUCUCUAGCUUUUGUCGAUCAAGAAAUUCAAACUUCGUCGGAAAGAGCUUUCAGAAGACCAAAACCAACAUCCAUCUUAAUUUCCCCAAGAAUGCUUUCUACUUCUCAAAUCAAGCAAGAUGUGUUCUUGAGUUUCAGAGGUGAAAACACACGAGAAAAUUUUACCAGUCAUCUUAACGAGGCACUAUGUCGGAGUAAAAUCGAUACAUUCAUCGACUACAAGCUGAGGAGAGGAGAUGAAAUUUCUUCAGCACUUCUGGAAGCAAUCAGAGGAUCAAAGCUCUCUCUGAUCGUUUUCUCCAAGGACUACGCUGAUUCCAGAUGGUGCUUGGAAGAACUAGUUGAAAUCCUUGAGUGCAAAAGAACAAUUGGUCAGAUUGUGAUUCCAGUUUUCUAUCAAGUAGAUCCAUGUGAUGUAUGUAAUCAAACUGGGGAAUUCGGAGAUUCAUUUGCUAAACUCGAAUCGAGAUUUAAAGACAGGAUGAAACGCUGGCGAGAUGCUUUGGCCGAAGCUGCUGAUAUGUCAUCAUCGAACUCUGAUUUGUAUUCAACCAAAUCAAUAAGGCCAGAAUCGAAGCUUGUGGAAGCAAUUGUGAAAGGUGUUCUGAAGAAGUUAAAUCUUGCAUCUUCAAGUGUUCCGAGAGGCCUGGUAGGAGUCUCAAGAGUUGAGAAAGUUCUCUCAUUGCUAUGCCUCUGGGAACCAGAUGUUCGGAUGGUAGGAAUUUGGGGAAUGGGCGGUAUUGGUAAGACUGCCAUUGCCGGAGCUGUUUUUCACCAAAUUUCUAACAAUUUCGAAGGUUCUCAUUUCUUUAAUAACAUUAGUGAAAUAGAUAAAAGAGGUGACCUAGUUAUUAGGCGGGAUGAGCUUCUUUCUCAAAUCUUAGGAGAUGAAAAUUACUCGGAUAUAGGAGCUCCCAGUUUAGAACUCAAUUUUACUAGAGACAGACUCCAUCGUAAAAGAGUUCUUAUAGUUUUUGAUGAUGUAAGUGAUAUAAAUCAACUGGAAACCUUGAUUGGAGGUCUUGAAUUCGGGUUAGGAAGCCGAAUUAUUGUGACUACCAGGGAUAAACAUGUACUUCAGUAUUAUGAAAAUACAAAAAUAUACAAGAUGGAGAAACUAGAGGAAGAAGAAUCUUUGCAGCUGUUUUGUCAACAUGCUUUCGGACAAAACCAACCGAGAGAAGAUUAUAUCGAGCUUUCAUAUAAGGUCGUGAACUAUGUUCAAGGCCUUCCUCUAGCCCUUUUCAUUUUAGGUUCUUCACUACAUGGCAAAAGCACUAAACAUUGGGAGUCCGCAAUAAACAAGUUAAGUAAAGUUAUCGACCCUAAAAUUCUGAAUGUACUGAAAACCAGUUACAAUAGACUUGAUUAUGCAGAGAAGAACAUAUUUCUCAAUAUUGCAAGUGACUUCAACGGGAAGGAUAGAAAUCACACAAUCAAAAUUCUCGAGAGUCAGUAUGAUAGUUAUGUUGAUUCUGUCGUUACCGAUCUUAUUGAUAAGUCUUUGAUAACAAUUUCACAAGAUGACAAGAUUUACGUGCAUGUUUUACUACAAGCGAUGUGUUGGGAUAUUAUUAGUCAUCAAAAAAAGAUGAAGUAUUAGCUUGUAAUUGUUUCUGUUUCUGUUUUCUUGUCAAUGUCAAGGAUCUGUAUUGGAUUAUACAGAUUUGUCAGAUGGAGCAUGGAAAAACCUUGUUGUUGCAUAUAUACUGGUAUAGCAUGUAA